AAAUUAAAAGUUGUUUCUUUAUCAUCUCAUUUUCUUUCUCUAUUCUACGAAAUGACCGCACAAUAUAACUUGUGAACAAAAGCUCCAAUAAUAACAACAAUCAUGGAGUUUCAUGAUCAUUUUUCUCAAGAAUUAGCUCUACAACAACACCAACAACAAAACGUCGAUGACGACGUUUCGGAUCAGUCGAUGAAUUUCAACGUAAAGCUAAGUCAACAAUAUAGGGACGAUGUCAAUAACAACGAGCACAACAACAACAACAAUAAUAAUAGUAACGUUUGGGAUCAGAGUGAGAAAUAUAAAGCGGAUAUUUUGAACCAUCAUUUAUCGGAACAGCUUCUUUCUGCACACGUGGCUUGCCUGAGAAUCGCGACUCCGGUGGACCAGUUACCGAGGAUCGACGAGCAGUUGACGGAGUCACAAAAUUUGGUGGCAAAGUAUUAUGUUGUUGGUCAAAGUCAACGGUCUCUUGAUGAUAAGGAACUUGAUCAAUUUAUGGCACAUUAUGUUCUAUUGCUCUCUUCUUUUAAAGAACAACUGCAACAGCAUGUUCGUGUCCAUGCAAUGGAAGCUGUCAUGGCUUGUUGGGAUCUUGAUCAAUCUCUACAAAAUUUAACAGGGGUAGCAUCAGGAGAAGGUACAGGUGCAACCAUGUCAGAUGAUGAUGAAGAUAAUCAAGUAGAAAAUGAGACAUAUUGUCAUUAUAAUGGAAUUUUAGAUGGACAAGAUAGUAAUGGUUUUGGUCCUCUUGUACCUACUGAAAAUGAAAGAUUCUUAAUGGAACGUGUGAGGCAAGAAUUGAAACAAGAGUUCAAACAGGAUUACAAGGGGAAGAUUGUUGACAUUAGAGAAGAAAUUUUAAGAAAAAGAAGAGCAGGAAAGCUGCCUGGUGACACUACUUCUGCCUUAAAAGCUUGGUGGAAAUCACAUUCCAAGUGGCCUUAUCCCACAGAGGAAGAUAAAGCAAAAUUAGUGAAAGAUACAGGAUUGCAAUUAAAACAAGUCAAUAAUUGGUUCAUUAACCAAAGGAAAAGAAAUUGGCACUCUACUCCAUCAUCAUCUUCUACACAAAAAAGCAAACGCAAAAGUGCAGGUGAAAAAUCAAGAAAUGAUCACUUUACAUGACAGGGAGAAGUGAGAACAUCAUGUAUUAAGGGGAACUUAAAAGAAUAUGUUUGAUAUGACGAAAGUCAUUUUCUGUUCUGUAAAAUACUUUCGAUGUUCGAUUAGUGAGACGGAUUUUCAACUUAUAAGUUGCGAGUGCAUGUUCAUUCAAUGUCUCAAAUUUAGACUUUAUAUGUAUAUAUACAAAAGUCGGAUGAACUUAAAGUGUUAGAUUUUGAUUUUAAAAUGGUUGUUGUUUUGAUGUGCUAUACUUUUGUCUAUCGAAAAUCUAAUAUUUGAAGCUCUUUA